UAUCCAGCACUAAUAAACAUUUAAUUAUAGAUAUCCCCUAGCCCUAACUCGCUGCCCCCAAAUUCGAUCCACUAAAAUUUUUUUUUUCAGCAAAAAAUUUUCGCGACCAGCCUCUAGGCCAGAAAUUCUCAGUAGCCAUUUAUUCGUGGGGAUCCAAUAUACGAGAUGAUCUUCCUUAUAACUUUAAUAGAACCAACUCAUACAUAAUGUCAAAGUUCGAAGCUAUUAGUAAGAGGUCACAUGACUUGGACCCCUGUACUUAUUCCAAUUAUACUGAUUUUAAAGUGGUCUUAACUGAUUUAUCUUUAGAUGUAUCAUUUGAAACUAAGACAUUAAAUGGUAAAGUUAUUUAUUAUUUAGAAAGUUUGAAAGCUAGUAAGACUUUAAUAUUAGAUACUUCAUUUUUAACUAUUUCCAAUGUGAUUGUUAAUAAUUCUAAAGUUCAAUUUGAUCUUAAAUCUGGUAAAGCACCAUUUGGUUCAGCCUUGCAUAUUCCAUUAACAACUUUAAGUCGUAGAUUAGUUGUUGAAAUUGAUUUUACAACUACUGAAAAAUGUACUGCUAUUCAAUUUAUUCAAGGUGAUACUGGUCCUUAUAUUUUCUCUCAAUGUCAAGCCAUUCAUGCUCGUAGUUUAUUUCCAUGUUUUGAUACUCCAGCUGUUAAAUCUCCCUAUAAAUUUAAAGCAACAUCUCCAUCAGUUUGUACAAUGUCUGGAAGACCUCAACCAAGUUCUGAACAAAAUACUUAUAUUUUUGAUCAACCUAUUCCAAUUCCUUCAUAUUUAGUAUCAAUUACUUCUGGUCAUCUUCAUAAAGCUCCAAUUGGUCCAAGAUCAGAUGUUUAUUGUGAAUUACCAAAAUUAAAGGCUUGUCAAUUUGAAUUCGAAAAGGAUAUGGAAACUUUUAUUCAAAUUGCUGAAAAAUUGGUUUUUGAUUAUGAAUGGCUUAGAUUUGAUUCUUUAGUUCUUCCAUCAAGUUUCCCAUAUGGUGGUAUGGAAAUUCCAAAUAUGACUCAACUUACUCCUACAUUAAUUAGCGGAGAUAGAACUCAAGUUAAAGUUAUGGCUCAUGAAUUAGCUCAUUCUUGGUCAGGUAAUUUAGUCACUAAUUGUUCUUGGGAACAUUUUUGGCUUAAUGAAGGUUGGACUGUUUAUUUAGAAAGAAGAAUUCUUGGAGCUAUUGCUGCAGUAGAAGCCAAGGAAGAAGGAAAAUCUAAUCCAGAAGAAUAUGGUGAACAAGUUAGACAUUUCAAUGCUAUUAUUGGUUGGAAUGCAUUGGUUGAAACUGUCAAUGAAAUGGAUCCUAAAUUCACUAAAUUAGUUUGGGAUUUAGAAAAUGGUGAUCCAGAUGAUGCAUUCUCAAGAAUUCCUUACGAAAAGGGGUUCAACUUUUUAUUCCAUAUUGAAACUACUUUAGGAGGUCCAAAGGAAUUUGAUGCAUUUAUUAAAUAUUAUUUUAAAAAAUUCCGUUAUACAUCAUUGGAUAGUGCACAAUUCAUUGAAACUUUAUAUGAAUUUUAUGAACCAUUAAAUAAGACUCAUUUAUUAGAUAAAAUUGAUUUUGAUAAAUGGUUAUUUGAAUCUGGAUUACCAGAUUAUCCAAAUUUUGAUACUACUUUAGCCGAUCAAGUAUAUGCUUUAGUUGAUAAAUGGGUUCAAUAUAUUAAAGAUGGUGAGAAUGGUAUACUUGAAUUUUCUGAAGCAGAUGUUCAAGCUUUUGAAGGUAAUCAAGAAAUGUUAUUUAUUGAAACUUUAACUGAUAGAUUUAAAGAUUAUAAUGUUUCAAUAGAUUUAAUUAGAAAAUUACCUGAAAUUUAUCCUAAAUUUGCAGCCAGUGCUAAUGGAGAAAUCUUAGCUCGUUGGAAUGAAUUACUUAUUAAGUAUGGGAAAUUUACUAGUACUGAUGAUCAAGUUAUUUUCUUUGCUAAUUGGGUAGGAUCUGUUGGUCGUAUGAAAUAUGUUAGACCAGGUUAUAAACUUUUAAUGACCGGAGUUAGUAAAGAAUUUGCCAUUGAAACUUUUAAAAAAUUCGAAGAUAAAUACCAUCCAAUCUGUAAAACUAUGGUCAAGAAAGAUUUAGGUUUAGUAUGAUUGAAACUUAUAAAAUAAAUGCAUAUAUAAUAUAUAAACUAUAAAUUGUAAAUUAUAAUAUAUAACUUCU